AUGGCUUAUGCGCAGAAGGCUAUGCGACACCCGUCUAUAGCAGAGGUGGCCCGCUCUGAGUUCCUAAGUGACAUUGGGCGUCGCUCGGUCUUCCGCAUUUGGCGCUAUAACGCUGGCACCGGUUGCCGGCCACACUACGACCCGGGCCUCUGCACGGCGUUGCUGCAGGCCUCCGCGCCGGGGCUGGAGGUGAAUCUAGAGGCGGAGCUGCCGUCACUGCCGGGGCGGCCGGGAAACUACCGCUACGAUGAAACGGGAGACGAGAGCGUGGUGGAUGCUCUGCCGGGAUGGAAGGAUCCUGGACCGUGCGCUGAGGGCGAGGACACGCUUUUGCUGAGCAGCAACCUGAUGCGUGUGUUGUCAAACGGCGCCCUUCCCGCUGUUCUGCAUCGUGUGCGGAGCGACUGGGCCGCUCGUAGCUGUGAAACGGUACGGUACAGCUUUGUGGUGGAGCUGCGGCCGGCGCAGCCUCGCCGCUGGUACAACCUGGUGCAGCAGCAAAGGAGGGAGGGCUAA